AUGACAGGUUCGUCGAUUAUUAGUAUCGAGGAAAAUCUUUUUGCAUCUAUCCGUGACCCACCAUCUUCAGUUGAAACUGAAAAUGUAUCGGUAAUACAGUCUUCCCCAUACUCCGAAACUGACCACUUACUCCACUUAAAGGGCCUUGAUACCGGUUACAGGGCCCUUGCAAUUGCGCUACAGGCUUUCCAACCUCAAAACUCAAAUUUUGCUUUUGAUUCAUAUACAGAUGCUUUUGAUAUUAGUCGUAUUGUUGCAUUAGCUCGUACUAUCACAGCAAAAUUGAAUGAGCCUUUUCCAGAUACAGAAGUGUACAUUAUUGUAUUCAGGUCAAUUCUACACAAACAUGUCCUAGAGUCAUCUCAAAAGCGAGACCUUUUGGCAUACAUUGAUAAAAGAUCACAUUCAGAAGCAAAUCAAUCAGGGGGCUUAUUAAAGUAUUGGUUCGGAACUCCCGAUAAAAUAUACGGCAAAAAUCUUGCAACUUGCUGGUGGCGGAACAAGCGCGAUGCAGUAAGAGGGGGAGGAGGAAACUAUCAUAGACAAGCAAUGAAAGCAGUUCAGGGAUGGUAUCAGCAUUGGAAAGUAGAAGAGUACCAGUUAAACAUAACAAAGGAUGGCUAUACUAUGACCAAAAUCAAAUAG